AUGUUGGGUACUUGGGUAAGUUGGUCGAAUACUCGUCACUCGAGUGUCGCGAUUAGACUGAAAGAUAGAGAAAAAAAGAAGACGUUACCUAUGCAGUUGGCACUUGGCAGACAGAACUCAGCCGGUCGGCAAGACGAAAUCGCCGAGUUGCGAAUACAACGUGGGAGAGCGGACUGCGAAAUAGGAAAUACGAUAUCGAUAUGCAAACAUACGCUUCCCUCGGAUCACCCAUGCACAGACGGCAGACAGACGCGGUCGGCGCCGCCGCGCAUGGCGCACAGCCCGACAGCCGUUUACUAUUAUCAUUUAUCACUUAUCAAAUAG